AUGGGUAAGAAGGUAUCUAAAAAUUCAAGAGCUUCUCGUCGCUUCGAAGCGCUUGACACUGAAGCUCAAACUUUGGCUCAGCUUCCUCGUGCCCAAAACGUGGAUGUCACCAACAAGCUCAUAAGGACAGCGUCUAAGAGCGAGAGACUUCUGGACGCCAAGAUGAAGAAAAAAGAGAGAUCCGGGAAGAAGGUGGGUAAAAAAGACACCAAGAAGAGUGCUUUGGAAAAUCUCGACAGCGAUAGAGUUGCCAGAGCUUUGAAUAUCACAAGCAGACUCGAUGGGAAAGUGGAAAAGGCAACGGCAAGAGCCAAAUACGUACAGGGAGCUCGAAAAGCCGGGUGGGACAGCACCAACGAAAGUAUCAGACGAGCUCUCGCGAAGAAAGUCACCGAAGGAGCAGAUCAACAGAACUCCGAAACUCACGCGGACGACGACGAUGCCGACGCCGCCUCGCAGGACGACCAAGAAACGGGAACCGAGCUCUCACAGAAACCAACUUUGUCGAACCAGAACUUGUUUGGCCUUUUGACGGACGAUGUAGAAGCUUAG